AUGGAACCAGGAAUCAGUCUCAGCAAGGCUGAUAUUGUUGAGAAUAUAUUUAUAUGUUUUGAAUCGGUGAAUGGGUCUUGCAAAAGAUCAAUCUUUCCUCCAACAAUACGAGUAUUACUUUAUCUCUUACUUGGCUCAAUGUCUGUUCUCACAGUGUGUGGCAACCUUCUUGUAAUCAUCCCCAUCAUUCACUUCAAACAGCUCCACACCCCAACCAACUACCUCAUCCUCUCUCUGGCUGUGUCAGACCUUCUCUUGGGGGUUUUAGUGAUGCCUCCCAGAAUGGUAUAUUCAGUGGAAAGCUGCUGGUAUUUUGGAGAUUUAUUCUGUAAAAUCCAAACCAGCACUGAUGUUAUGUUGAGCAAUACAUCCUUUCUUAACUUGUGUUUAAUUUCUAUUGAUCGGUAUUUUGCAGUUUGUCACCCUCUCCUUAAUAGAACUAAAAUAACUGUUCAUGUUGUUCUGAUUAUGAUGUUGGUCACCUGGUCAGUUUCUGCUAUAGUAGUGUUUGGUAUAGUAUUUCUGGAGCUCAGUACUUGGGGCAUGGAGGAUUUUUACUAUAAUAAUGUUGCCUGUGAGGGAGGAUGUAUUUUGUUUCAAAACAAAGCGUCGAGUACUGCGUCUUUUGUUCUCUCAUUCUACAUCCCAGGAGUCGGGAUGCUUAGCAUCUACCUAAAGAUUUUCCUUACAGCACAGAGACAGGCACGUUCAAUUCAGCGUACAACCAAUCAGAACUCAGCAGGCAAAUCACAGAGGAAGGCCACCAAAACACUUGCAAUCAUUAUGGGGGUAUUUCUAUCAUUCUGGACACCCUUUUUUGUCAUCAACUGCUUUGAUCCUUUUAUUAGUUACUCUACAACACCAGUUUUGUUUGAAACAUUUUUAUGGAUUGGCUAUUUGAAUUCAACAAUUAAUCCCAUGGUGUAUGCAUUCUUUUACAGUUGGUUCAGGAGGGCAUUUAUAAUUAUAAUUUCUGGUCAAAUAUUUCAACCUGACUCUUCAGAAAUACAAUUGUUUUCAGAAUAA